AAUAAACAGAAGGGGUGAGCAAACAGCAAGUUAAUAGGCGGGACUUCCUCCUCCGGUCACAAACGAGGCCGGCUGUUUAUCUUGCUGUGCAACGCAAGACGAGCCCAGUGCGGGGGAUCAGAUAACAAGGUUGAGUCAUCACACGCCAACAACAUGCUGGACUCCUUGCUGCGAGGAGGCUGCAGUGCUCCGUUCUGCCUGUGGGUCCUGCUGCUGCCUCUGGUCUCCCUUCAUCGCUUGAACCAGCAAGAUCACACCCCAAGUGUGAAGGAUCGACCCAAGCUGCUGCUCGUCUCCUUCGAUGGCUUUCGCUGGGACUACAUUCACCGCGUCCCGACACCUAACUUCCGCAAACUGACAGUAGAAGGGGUAUCAGUGGAGCAGGUGCAGACCGCUUACAUCACCAAAACCUUCCCCAACCACUACAGCUUGGUGACAGGGCUGUAUGCUGAGACGCACGGCAUUGUGGCCAAUGAGAUGUAUGACCCAGUUUUAAACCAGUCUUUCUCUAUGGAGACAGACAGUAUUUAUGAUUCCCGGUGGUGGGAUGCAGCAGUGCCUCUAUGGGUGACCAUCCAGAAAUCUGGAGGGCGUAGUGGAGCGGCGAUGUGGCCAGGGUCUGAUGUGAAGAUCCAUGGCACAUUCCCCACUAACUACCUCCCGUACAAUGCUUCAGUCCCCUUUGAAACACGAGUAGAACGGAUUGUUGAGUGGUUCUCUGCACCCAAAGGGGAGGCGGUGGAUUUUGGAGUUCUGUACUGGGAGGAGCCAGAUGAGAGCGGGCACAAACUGGGACCUCAGAGUUCCGACAUGGAUGGAGUCAUCGCUGGGAUUGAUGAGAAGCUUGGCUUCCUGAGGAAUAAGCUAAAGACGGCCGGGCUGUAUGAGAAGGUGAACCUCAUAGUGACCAGUGACCACGGCAUGACACAGCUUUUCAGUGAUAACAUCAUACAACUGGAUGAGUAUGUGAGCAGAGACCUGUACACCUGGGUGGAUAAGAGUCCAGUGGUGGGAAUACUGCCAAAAGAAGGGAAGCUUGAAGAGGUGUACAAUAAGCUAGCUGAUGCAAAUCCGUACAUGAUGGUGUACAAGAAGGAAGAAAUUCCAGAGCGCUUCCAUUAUCAACAUAACAUCAGAAUCAUGCCAAUCGUCAUAGAGGCCAAGGAGGGCUGGACCAUCGUACAGAACAGGACCACACACUCCAUGAUGGGAAACCAUGGCUAUGACAACAGCUUACGUAGCAUGCAGCCUGUGUUUGUGGCUCGUGGGCCAGCAUUUCGCCAGAAUUACAUCAAGACCUCCAUGCGCUCUGUCGACCUUUAUCCUCUAAUGUGCCACAUCCUGUCCAUCCAACCUCUACCAAACAACGGUUCCCUCUUAAAUGUUCAGGACCUUCUGUCUGAGGAGCCAACUCCAUCCCCUCCACCCACCAUUCCUCCAAGGGUAAACAAGCAUUCAUACGCCCCUGUUGUUGGUUCUCUCAUCGGUGUGGCGAUGGUGCUGGGAUUUCUGGUGGUCUACAUCAGACAAGUGACGCUCAAACAGCUGCCCUCACUAAAACACAGAAGCAGGGAGAUGUCACAGCCUUUACUGCAAGAGGACUUGCACCUGUAGCUGAAGAAACAGGGAAAGGAUGGCAGACAUAAAAGAAGAGGAGAUAUUGCUCCCCAAGGUAGUCUGCUCUGUCUAGAAGCAUCCCCUAAAGGCCUCCCUUACACCACAAAAUGCCACUGUGCUGCUCUUUUUAUUAGUUGGAGAUCAAGGGAAUUUAAUCUAACCUCCUAAUCAUGUAUGGAGGUGCUUGCUUGAGUGUAAGGGAAAUGUCUUGGGUUUGCUUCUGGUGCAGGCUUAAUCAAGAUAAUAAAAACCUUUACAUGGCUUUAUAGUGGCUUUGCUUUGAUUGUGAAUUUUACCUAAUAUCAUCUCAUCAUUUUCAUUGUCACUCAAUAAGUCUGGCAAAUAUGAACUUUUGUUGGCUAAAGCUAUGACGUGAUAACAUUAAGGUGUCAGACUGCUCGAAACGAACUAGCUUGUACAAAGCGUUGUCCAACCAAAUCUGAAGGCAAAAGCAUGCCACGCUCGAAGAUGGAGCGAAAAAGCCUGCUGUCAAAGAGAGGCAGUAAUUUCUGAAAAUGGGGAUAACGGUGCACACUUUAUGACAAUCUUUCUUGGAUGGCAGUCAUAGUGUUGCACUCGUUUCUAUGUAGGAAAAUGUAAGGAACUGUGUGAAGAAUGGACUAAUAGGACAGCUUAAGGGCAACAUUAAACCUGUGUUUACUUUCUCACUUCCACACAGAUUACUAAUCAGUGUGUGAAAUGGGCACGAUUGUGUGGAUGUUGAUUUUGAAAAGUGACAUUAAUGGUAGGACACAGUUCACCGACGUCUAUAAGUUGUAAAGGGAGCGUGUCUACGAUUGUAUUCGACGAUCUGAAAAGCACUUCGUUUGAGGCAUACUGACACCUUAUCCUCUGACAGUAAAGGUGGCAUAGACAGAAGUCAGUCAAUUAGGUUUUGAGGACAUUUUCAAAUCUAUACAAAACAGAUUUGGAUGUCAGUAAAGGUAAAGAAAGUAGUCUGUACAGAGAACCAUGCUGUGAUUAAUCUUUUAAAGUAUUCAGAAUUGUGUCUCAGUUCAGACAGUGUUACUUUUUGAAUGUUUCCUGGAAGCAGAUUUUCCACUUGAGACGUGUGCCAGCCAGGCUCAUAUGUGUAGGUCAUUCCAUGAGCCAAUCACAUCAUGUCCUUGCUCUUUAGCAGUCAGUUACCAUUAGCCUUUUAACUUAAUAGAGAACAUCUCUCUAAGGUGUGCAAUCGUAUGUGUGUUAGUUUUUUGUAGUUUUUGUGUUGGGGAGGGGGGCAUAUUUCUGUAUAGACUGUGUAUCGACCUCCUCUUCAUUUCUUGACUGUCAUAACAUGGCCAUUUGUUGGUGAAAUGUGAAGUGCAAUUGCUGUUGGUCAGUAUUUUGUCGUAGGGAUUUAAAGGGUUUUGUUGUUGCUUGGUUGAGAAGACUAUUUUGGCAUGACUUGCAAGAACUGUUCCCCUGAUUUGCACUACAGGAUAGACAUGAAACAGAACGAAGGGGCAGUAGUUGGAUGCUUUGUAGGUCAUGUAUAAUUUGCACUUCUUGUUCGUAGUUGCUGUUUGAAUUAAAAAUAAUAAUGAAAAUGAAAAAAAGUUAGGUGCCUCUUGCCAAAAAUCUUUUUAAUCCGCAUACUCAUAGGAAGUGGAGUAGAAUCCAAAUCAGUAAAUUAUUAUGCCAGUAAAUUAUUCAAAUAGUUUUACACCAUAUUUUAAGAUCAAAUUUGGUUCAAUUUUGUCCUUAUGCUUUUAGAUGCAUUAACGAAUACUUGUGCCCAAAAAAAAGACAGACAUCACUGUGAUAUAUACUUUUUACAAAAUUUAAAUUCUUAAAUUGAAUGCAUUUAUAUGGAAAUGGUUAAUUUUCUGAUAAUUGUAUUAUUUUAUGAAAAGAAAAGUGUUGUCUGGUAAUUUCCCCUGACUUGUUGACAGAGAAAUGAAAUGUAUCCACGAUAGAUUUACAUAAUUAAUUUGAAAGUAUUAGAGAAGAAUGAAUAUUAGAUUAAUUGAUUAUUACCUUGGAUUUGAAAUAUCAUUUACAAAUUAACUAUCUUUGCCAUGUAAAUGCAAUUAAAGAGUCUUCAGAUAUUAAAGGGACUUAUGUGAA